AAUAGAACAGUGCUUAAGAGGACUAGCGAGUGCUUGGUCUCUCUAUAUAUUGAAGACCUUAUCAAUUGAAGACUCACAGAAGGGAGGCUAAAAGACAUUACAGCAUGAAGAGUUUAAUUAAAUAUGCAAUGGUUAUGGAGAACCAUAAGCCUUACAUUGCAAUGCUCUUUGUACAGUUUAUAUAUGCAGGCAUGGCCUUGUUUUCGAAAGCAGCAAUUGCCAAAGGAAUGAGCCCUUAUGUGUUUGUGGUCUAUCGGCAAGCCUUUGCAACUGUCGCCUUAGCUCCCUUCGCUUUCUUCCUUGAAAGUAAGCAGACCUCUCUAUCAUACAAUUUACUCUGCAAGAUCUUCUUGAUUUCCUUGUGUGGGCUUACCUUGAGUUUAAAUCUCUACUAUGUUGCAAUCAACUACACCACUGCAACAUUUGCUGCUGCCACCACCAACACAAUUCCUGUCCUCACCUUUACCAUUGCCGUUUGCUUAAGGACGGAAAGCAUAUGCAUAAGACAACUGCCAGGAAUUGCCAAGGUGUUCGGUUCAGUAACCAGUCUUUCUGGAGCCUUGGUGUUUGCUUUUGUUAAGGGGCCACCUAUAAAGUUCAUGAACUGGUAUCCUGCAACUCAAAAGCAAACUGCAGACUCUCUGGUUAAUAGUUACUCCAUUGGAGAGUGGAUAAAAGGUUCUCUUAUCAUGCUUGCCGCCAAUACAGCUUGGUCUCUGUGGCUUGUUUUGCAGGGUCACAUAGUCAAGCAAUAUCCAGCCAAAAUACGCCUUACUGCUCUGCAAUGCUUCUUUAGCUGCAUACAGUCUACUUUUUGGGCCAUUGCAGCAGAGAGAAAUUCAUCAGCCUGGAGGCUUGGCUGGGAUGUUCAUCUUCUCUCCGUAGCUUAUUGUGGUGUAAUUGUCACUGGCAUCACAUACUGGCUGCAAGUCUGGACUAUAGAGAAGAAAGGUCCAGUUUUCACAGCAAUUUUUACUCCAUUAGCUCUUGUAAUAACAGUCAUCUUCUCUGCAUUCCUGUGGAAGGAAACCCUUCACUGGGGAAGUAUUGGUGGGGUUGUCCUGCUGGUGGGAGGUCUUUAUAGUGUGUUGUGGGGGAAGAAGAGAGAGGAUGGGAAAGGGGUAACAAAUGAACAAAAUCCGGAUACUAAAGAAGAAACUGUACUGGAGUGCAUUACACAUCACUGACUGAUGGGACUGAAAUAUAUGGCAAAUGGCUUUGGCCCUUUGAUGAUGAUAUUUUCCACAAUGAAAAUCCUCAGGAAGAUAACACCGUUCUAGACUCAUCAAACAUAUCUCUUAUUUUCUCUUUUUCCUCUUUCCAACUCUAAACCUAUAAUUGUAAGGUUUUCACAAUCUCUUCAAUAUGUGAAAUGCUCAUACUUUUCAGCAGAGAUGAUUGAUACUAGUAAGAAAAUGUUCAGAGUUUGACUCCACUCAGCAUUGAUGAGUUCAGGCCAUCUUAUUAUUAAUUGUACUAUUGUCACCCCAAUUGAGGGAUAGCAGCUAGAACAACAAUGUUGCAUCAUUAA